CAAAUUCAUCAAUCUUUCUUUCUCUAGAUGCAAAUUUUGAAGAAACCCUUUUGAUUUAUCUUGAAUAUGAUUCAUCUUUUUCAAGAAAGAUGCCAAAUUGACCAUUCAUUCUCUCUCUAGAUGCCAAAACUGGACCAUAUAAAGCGUACCCAUUUGACUUCUCUUCCUUUUCUUCCGUUCCCAUGGUUUUUUGCUCGUUAAGAAGACGUUAUCUCGACCAAUUUGUUUCCAAUUGAGCCCUUUUUUCUUGGAAAGUACCAAUUCGAACCCAUUUGUGGCCAGUAAUCAGAAUUUGGGGGAUUUUGGUGCUAGUGUAUAUUUGUCUAAUUUCUUUGUGAAUUGUAUUGUAUAUGAGUGUGAUUUUUUAGUUUGAUGAACAAUUCGUUUUGAUAAAGUGAUAGGAUAGAUUGAUAGAUCAGUUUGAUUCUUAUUAAAAUGUUGUCUGAUAAUAAUCCAUGUGGUUCGAAGCUGCUUCUAGCUUUGCCUGAUGAUACCUUUGCAGUUGUGACCCAAUCUUUAAUGCCGAAAGAUGUCUUUAAUCUCUCGGUUUGUUGCCGGAGUCUUUAUGCUCUUGCAAGUUCAGAUAAGGUCUGGUUAACACAAUGCGAAUUGCUCGGGGUUAUUCCUCAUCGAGACCUUAUCGAAUGGCGCAAAGGGGUUAAUUCAUACAAAUCCCUUUGCAGGUUCCUCUUUAAUGUUCAACCAAUUAUAGGGAUUUGGGUUCACCAAAAUCCCGAACUUGGCAAUGUAGUCUAUGUCAUGCCUGGUUUCAUCUCUGUCGUUGGAUGUCGAAUCAUCCCACAAGAACUCGGACCCUUAGGAUUUGAAGAAGGCCCGAUUUUGUGGUCACCUGUGUUUGAAAUCAUUGGUGAUGUUGAUGGAUCAUCAGCCUUUCUUCUUCAUGGGAGGGAAAGGGAAAACAAUUAUAUGUAUCCAGGUUCCAUUAAAGGCGUAGACCGAAACUGCAAUGUGUUGUUGCUUGAGGUUGAACCCCGGCAACAAAUAAACGGUGGCAAAUUGGUCCACAGUAAGAGUUUUGUCGGCAGUCCGUUGGAAAAGGAGUUUUCUAGAAAGAUUUGUCCAUCGGAUCGCGGGGUUUCUAAGUCUCUAAGGAUUCAUGGACAAAAAUCAUCUGUGCCAUUUAGUCGAUUGGCGUUUGGUGACAGAAGGAAGUUGAUUGAAAUCGUUACCAGCCAAAUCCGCGUUAAAGUGCCACAGUUAGCAGAUGGGUUAUCUUUCCCUAGCUCAGAAACUGAGGAUUUGAGUAAAUUAGGCGAAAGGCGAUCACAAGUUUUGCAAAUGUAUAAGCAUGAUAGCGAUCCUGAUGAUUGGAAGGCCGAUCAUGGGUCGAGUACUGAUCGUGAUCCUACCCAAUCUGAUUUGGGGGAGAUUAGGGAGUUUCUUGAUAAAACAACUGGUUCUAGCCGUUCUCAACUUCAUAGAGACGUUUACCGGAUGCAUUGUUCCAAAAAGAAAUCACUCGUUGGGUAUUUUAGGGAUAGUUUCAAACAUAUAAUUGGGAAAUCGAGCUCCAUUAAUGGCAGCCAUGAACAUUCGAAAAGCUCUUCAAGUAGUGAAAACAAUAAGCAUGCACAGUUUCAGGAGUUCUUGCGAUCUGGGGACACAAUAGGAUUAACGUUGCACGCUUCCACGGCCAGAUUAUCUUCUUAUCGAGCGUGGCCAAAUAUGCACGAUAGCCGCUUCGCUCUUUACAAGUUGCCCAAUCAGGAGCCGACGGCUGGCCAAGAACACGCGGGAUUAUGGGGUGGAACUUUUGGUUGGCCUCCCGGAAAACCAUCAGCGGAUAAACCAGGAAAAGCACUAUUCUUUCUUUUGCUUUCAUAUGAAGAAUCUCAGGGCCAACGGCAUCUAAUUGGAACCAAAAUCUUAGAAGGAACUCAUUAUGUACUGCACCCGAAUGGAUCGGCUAUGUUUAUAGUGAACACUGAUGAACCAUCAGCUGAGCCAUUCCCGUGGGAUUGUGAUGGAGACUCGAAUGUGGUUCAUUUAAAAGAGGUGUUUUCUGGGGAAGGUAUUGCUAACGGAUAUGGGUUCAGAUAUCCGGGUUCUAAGCCUGGUUCGCUCUUUGUGUUUGAAGACGGUAUGCUUGUUUUCAUGUGGAAGGAGUCUAGAGCUGUUUUGACCCUGCAGAGGGUUAACUUGCAACAUCUUUUGAGAAAAGGGGAACGGGUACCUCCUCUUCCACCGAUUGCCAACUUUUCGUAUUUGACCAAGUCCUAUUCGAACGUGUAUGCUGGAUUCUCAAAUGGAUCGAAUCAUGCAUCUUCGCCGAGGGGCUUUUUCGAGGAAGGGGCAUGGGAGGACAGAGUUGAAGAAACGAGUAGAGUUGUAGCUACAAGCAAUUCGGUGUCGGGAAUUCGUAUUGGAAGGGGAUAGGAGUCGUGGAUUCUUUUUCGUGUUAUGAUUAUGUGCUAACACUUUUGUGUUCGUAAAUCGCAUAUCUUACAAUGUAGCAUUGCUCCUAAGACCUGUGUUGCCAGUCAAGCUUCUUUUACAUGGUCGGAUUUAAGGUAAUCUUGCAUGUACGUGUUAUAAGAAGCAUAUUUAUGUCCAUGUUAGCAUUGAAACUAUACGACAUAUUAUAUGUUCUGUUGAUCCUAAUAAACCCGAAUCUUGUGAUUCUUGCAUUGUAGUAUUGUUGUGUAAUGUAAAAGAAUCGCCCUCAUGGUGGGUUAGUGGCCAUUCCAUGUUGUAAGUCCGAUGUAUUCAUGUUUAAAUGACGGGUUUUAAACCAAAUUUGUCGUAUGUCGGAUUGUUUAGGCU